CUGCCACGCACAUGUUUUCGAAGCAAGAUGAAGCAGUACAUUUGCACAGAGUCCACGUGCAUCGGUGAGAGCAGUGCACGCGGUCGCGCGCAAUUAUACGAAAUUGAGUCGGUUCACGAUGACACGACAUCGGGAAUUGUACCCCAACCUCUCUGUGAUGAUAACACGGGUUUGCUCCAGCUCCUCAGAUUCGAGUGGCUCUGCUGUGAUGAGAGAGGUGUGGAACACUGGCAGCUCAUUUACAGAUCAUGACGGCCGCUGGUUGGGGGUCCAUCAAAGUUGGGCGUCCGUCAAGCCUAGUUUACACAAUGAUCCAGUUCACUUGCAGCAUCGUGGUGGAGCCCCAGGACCGUCUUGGCCGGGACCCCGCAGCAGGAUUCAGAACGGCUGUGUUGAUGUGUCUGUGAUGGGUAGUCAGUAUGGGGUGUCCAAACAGAGAUUUGAUCCAUAUGGACGUCCCAGUAGCAAAGGAGAGAGGAAUGCACGCAGAUUCGGAGCAGAGGAUAAAGGGAGGGAAGAAAAAACAUGGUUCAAAAUGACAAUCCCACAUGGAAAAAAGUAUGAUAAAAGAUGGCUGCUAACAUCACUACAGAAUAUCUGUCCCAUUGCGUUUACUCCAUUACACUACUCCACAGAGGGACAAACAGUUCAUUUCUAUCUGGAGGAUGCUGCCACUGCCAGCGCUCUGGGCAAACUCACACGCAGAGUUACAGACAGUGAAGGGCAGAGGGUGGUCGUGCUUAUGAGCCAUUGUUCCAGUCUCCCCUUCCUCCAAAGUGAACUGAAACCACAAGAUCUGGAACAUUUAAAGCAUUGCAUGUCCAAACGCUUCGAUAGUUCCCAGAAGUCUCUCAACCUGAGCAGCAUCCGCUCUGAUCCAGACUUGGUUUCUCAAAAUAUUGAGAUAAUCUUAAACCGAAAAAACUGCAUGCAAGCUGUGAUCAAAAUCAUACAGGAGAAUAUCCCAGAGAUGUUGUGCUUGAACCUGGGCAACAACAAGCUGUUUAAGUUGGAUGACAUAGCAGAACUGGUGAACAAAACCCCCAACCUGCAGUCACUGAACCUGUCUCAUAAUGAGCUGAAGUCAGAACAAGAGCUGGAUGUGGUGAAGGGGUUCAGGCUGGUGGAGCUGUGGCUGGACAGGAACCCUCUGUGUGAUCACUUCAAAGAUCAGACCUCAUACAUCAGUGCUGUUCGGGAGCGAUUUCCAAGGCUUCACAGACUGGAUGGUCAUGUGCUUCCACUUCCGAUCUGCUUUGACGUGGAAACACACACAAACAUCCCUCCUUGCAAGGGCAGCUGCUUUUUCUCCAAUGAAAUCCAGGAUCUCAUUCAGCGUUUUCUGCAACAUUAUUACUGUGUAUAUGACUCUGGGGAUAGACAGCGGCUGCUGGAGGCGUAUCAUGAUGGUGCCUGCUUCUCUCUCAGUCUGCCACCCAUAAAUAAACCCUCCAGGUGCAGGUUGAAAGAUUAUCAUAAACACAGCCGCAAUAUCAAGAACAUCAAAGAUCCCUCCGGUCGGUUUCGCCUGCUAAAACGCUCUCGCCUGACUCUGGUCGCCUUCCUCAAUGAGCUCCCAAAGACCCAGCAUGACAUUAAUUUAAUCAAUGUUGAUGUCAACACAUACACAAGCACUUUAUUAGUGUUCACAGUGAGUGGAGUGUUCAAAGAGGUUGAUGACCAAUCCAGAGACUCUGUCAGGGCGUUCUCUAGGGUCUUCGUCACAGUUCCAGCUCGGAAUUCUGGCCUGUGUAUCGUGAAUGACCAGCUCUUUGUGAGGAACGCCACCACUGAGGAGAUCCGCUGUGCGUUUGCAGCACCAGCCCCAUCCCUCUCGAGUAGCCCAGUGCCCACCAUCUCUGCAUCACAGCAGGAAAUGCUCUCCGCCUUCUCUCAGAAGUCUGGAAUGAACCUGGAAUGGUCUCAAAAAUGUCUCCAGGAUAACGCGUGGGAUUUUCACCGAGCUGCUCAGAUUUUCACGGAACUAAAGGCUCAAGGAAAGAUUCCAGAAGCUGCUUUCAUAAAAUGAAAACAACAAACAAACAGAAAUAUAUAUGAAUACCUGUUUGUAUGUACAUAGUUUUAUUUGUUGUUUAACAGGCACUUAAUUUGUGAUGUCAAACUGAAAUUAAGCAAAAUCUUGUUUUAUAUUAAUUGUAUUAUUUUAUUUUAUUUUUUCCUUAAGGAUUAUACAUCAGGUUUGUACGUACUACAGCACUGUUUCUGUAUUAAUUUUAAAAAAGCACAUUUCUGUUUUAAUUGUGAUGUCUAAAAUAUGUGCUGCGCUUUUGUUGGUGUUGAGCUAAACUUUUGCAGAAAUAAAGUUUGUUUAUUCAGGCUAUUCUCAGCAAGAUAAUAAAACAUCAAUACCUAA